AAGCAUUUUUUACUCCUUUCCUACCUUAUCCUUCUUUUAAUUUGUUUGUGCACUAUUCUAUUAUCGGAGUAUUCCUGUGUAACUCUACUCUUUGUGCGGAGUCUAGAGUGGUCCUUCUGGUGGUCUGUGCAUGGAUGAUGGUAAAAGGAAAAGUAAAAAAACUUCAUUGAUAAUGGCGACAAAUUAUGCAAAAUAUGCAGAGUUAAUCAAAGCAUCUACCGACUAUGCACGGCGUAUGAAGCGGUUGUCGAACAGAAUCUUUGGCGAGGUGGCAAUCCCCACAAAUUCUAAGUCGAUGAAGGUGGUCAAAAUGUUUGAAGCACGGCCUUUGCAUAGCAAUGAAGAAGUAGUGCACUACUACCCACGGCACAUGGAGACACAUGCGCUGAUGCUGCGUCUACGCGAGUAUGGUUUGUUCCGUGAUGAACACCAGGAUUUUAAGGAAGAGAUGCGCCGCCUGCGUGAACUGCGUGGGAAAGUCAAGGUGUGGCGGAGGAAACUCGGCGACGCAAGUGCCAAUACACCAUCCUAAUGGCAUAUCCUUCCGAAAAUCUCACUAGCAGUGUAUGGCAGGAUCAGUUUAGAACUAUCAAACUCUUUUGAGCAUUUUUCCACUGAUCGCUAUUAGAGUCCAAAGCAAUAAAAUCAACUCAAAAGAUCUCGCAGAUAGCGAUAUAUGAAAAAACUUAAGUUUAUGUUAAACUUUGUUUUUGUUUUUGUGUGUUUAAACACAAAAAUAAAUGUAGUAAUAAAUAAAAACGAUGGAGAAUUUUGGUGUUCACAUCUGGAAACAUGCUCAUGUAGUGGCUUUGCAUAUUAUGUGCUAACUGCUGUGUUACUUACGAUUAGUCUAUUCUGUUUGAAAUAAAUUAAUAAUGAA